GGUAUCGCACUAGGUAACUGCCUUCUCAACUACGUCCCAACUGUGCAGUUCACACUAAGUUAAAUGACUUAGUGCUACUCAAGAGAAGAUCAGCAUGCUUACAGGUCAGGUGUGUUAAUGAGAGGACCCGUUUUCCGCUGAGGCUGAGAAAGGCCAGGUGCAGGUGGGGAGUUAUAAGGGCCAAAGGUAGCCAUGUGGAGAUGUUCUCUGAACAGUCCUAAAGGCCUAGGUCCUUUUCAUCUACUACAAGCUGCUCUGCUGCACUGAGGCCUCAAACACAGAGGUCUCCCUCCUAUGGCCAGGGUACCAUGGGCAGCGUCCAUCCUGUUACUGCUGGUGCUCCACUCUCCUGGGGUGACCUCGGCUCCCACCCAGCACCUGUGUGGCUCCCACCUGGUGGACGCCCUCUACUUCGUAUGUGGAGAACGGGGCUUUUUCUACAGUUCAAACCGACCCCACAAGCGGGAUCUCGAACAUCUGCUUGGGAUCCUGUCCAAAAGGGCCAGACAGGAGCAGCGGCUGUGGAGGGCUCUGUCUGGCCACGAAGAGCCCAAGGUGAAGAGAGGCAUCGUGGAGCAGUGCUGCCAUAAGCCAUGCAGCAUUUACCACCUGGAGGGAUACUGCGACUGACUCUCCCCAACUAGCACCGUUCAUAGCGAGUAAAAAGUCAAUUUCUGGCCCAAUGCUUACUGGCUAUGUCUUAUCAACUGAAGGAAAUAAAGCUUCAUGACCUAUAACCCA